AUGUUCAUUUCCAACAGCACAGUCUACAUGCCUUCUGUGCUGACACUCGUAGGGAUCCCAGGCCUGGAAUCUGUGCAGUGCUGGAUUGGGAUUCCAUUCUGUGUAAUGUAUCUUAUUGCUUUAAUUGGAAAUUCCUUGCUUCUGAUCAUCAUCAAAUCAGAGCGUAGUCUUCACGAGCCCAUGUACAUUUUCUUAGGCAUGCUAGGAGUCACCGAUAUUGCACUUGCUACCAGCAUUAUGCCCAAGAUGCUUGGAAUCUUCUGGUUUUGUAUGCCUGAAAUCUAUUUUAAUUCCUGCUUAUUUCAAAUGUGGCUCAUUCACACAUUUCAGGGUAUAGAGUCAGGCAUCUUGAUGGCCAUGGCCCUGGACCGUUAUGUGUCUAUCUGCUACCCACUACGACAUACCACCAUCUUCACCCAUCAGCUUGUCACCCAAAUAGGAACUGUGGUUGUGCUCAGGGCUGCCAUGCUUGUAGCCCCAUGCCUAGGACUCAUAAAGUGCCGGUUUCAAUUUUAUCACACAACAGUCAUCUCCCACUCCUACUGUGAGCACAUGGCUAUUGUGAAACUAGCUGCUGCAAAUGUCCAAAUCAACAAAAUCUACGGUUUGUUUGUGGCCUUCACUGUCGCAGGAUUUGACCUCACAUGCAUCACAUUGUCCUACAUCCAGAUAUUUAUCACUGUCUUUCAUUUGCCCCAGAAGGAGGCCAGGUUCAAGGCAUUCAAUACCUGCAUCCCUCAUGUCUGCGUCUUCCUCCAGUUCUACCUCCUUGCCUUCUUCUCCUUCUUCACACAUAGGUUUGGUUCCCACAUACCACCUUAUAUCCACAUCCUAUUUUCUAGUAUUUAUUUACUGGUCCCUCCAUUUUUCAAUCCACUUGUCUAUGGUUUAAAGACCAAGCAGAUUCAGGUUCAUGUGUUUAAAAUGCUCUUUUCAUAA